GUCUUUCAAACAAAUCAAUUUUUAAAAGAAAUGAUCAUUUGUUCAGCCAAUAUUGAUUUCUUUAAUUAUCGUGCAUGUUAAUUGGGUGGAAAUUAACCCAGAAAUUGUUCAGUUGAGUUUUUCUAUGGGUAAUUUUGAUUCGAGAUGGAAGAACCGGACGUGAUUGAACAUUUUUUUGGAGUUUAUCUUUUGUAUUGUAUGAAUGAAAAAUACAAAGGCAGAACUUAUAUUGGUUACACGGUGGAUCCAAAUCGUCGAUUAAAACAACACAAUGCAGGAAAAGAAUUCGGAGGUGCCUACAAAACUAGCAAUAAAGGACCAUGGAAAAUGGUUUUAAUUGUUCACGGAUUUCCUAAUUCUACUUCCGCUCUUACGUUUGAGUGGGCCUGGCAACACCCAACAUCCAGUCGUCGUCUGAAACAUCUCAAACCACGAAAAAAAGGACAAAAAGUUUUCGAUUACUGUCUGGAAGUUGCCUCAAACAUGCUCAACGUCGGUCCCUGGAAUCGCCUUCCUUUAACAGUUCGCUGGCUCGAUGAUGAUUUUUAUAUGAAAUAUGUAACUUGCAUUUCUCCACCGAUGCAUAUGCCAAUAACUCAUGGUCCAGUGAUUUCAAAAAAGCUCGAGACCGAUCAAGCCAAAAAAUAUAAAUCCAAAUCUAAAUCUAAAUCGAAGUCUGAUGUUCAGUUGGAAUCUCAAUCAUCCUCAGAACCACAAGCAGGUCCCAGCACUUUUUAUUGCCUCCUCUGCGAUUUGCCAGUGGAAAAAGAUGAUAAAAUAACCUGCGUCACGCCUGGAUGUUUUCUUGUUGCACACAUUCUUUGCCUCGGUAAGUCUUUUUGGAAAGACGACGGAAUGAUCUUGCCUAUCGACGGAAUUUGUCCUGCCUGCAACAAUAACGUUCUUUGGGGCGAUUUAAUCCGAAAAAUGAUUGGCUGCAAUCUACAUUUAUCAGAAGAGUCUGAAGAUCUGGGGCCAAAAACGGCUGAGAAUUUAGGAGAGCUUGUUGGAGAAGACGAUUCUAAUAGUUCUGAUGAUUUCGAGACGUAAUAUUCGUGAGUGAGAAAUUUAGAAUUUGAAGGAUUUAAGACCGGGUCUCUAGCGGCUCAGGAAUUUUUGUUUUACCUCGAAAAAGACGGGAAAAUGCCAAAAAUUUGUGAGAAAAUGAUAUUUGUUUUUACGAAAAACAAAAUUCUCGGAAUAAAGUUGAAAUGAUUUAGAUGUUAUCU